CUCGAUAACUCAAAGAACGACUUAUAAUGGCACAUACCAGUGAAGUGGCAGAUGGACUUGCGGGAGGCGUUAGAUAUACGCUUGAAGAUGAUGAACUGACGUGGAAUUUCUUGUAUCAAUUCACUCGUGAUCCCGAACAGGAUUUUGUUGAAAAAUUCCGAGGACCUCCUCUGUUUUCGAUGAAGUUAUGGCAAAAGUUUAUUGAUGAGACAGGUUCGCAGAAAACAUGGAAACAACUGGCAAAUCGAUACAGAAGUCUGAUCAAACAUCUUGGAAAUCAAGAAAAUCUGGGAAUUUUUGCUGGGAAAGAUCACCGAUCCGCAAACUGGAGAAGUGAAGAAGGAUGAUCAGUUUAAGCCGAGAGCAAUUUCAAUUUGGAGAGAGUAUUUGCCAAGCGACACGGCUCAUACUACUUUGAAAUACUACUCACAACAUUACAUCUCCAUGGCAAAGAACCUUCACAGAAUGAAAUUCGAUUUCAAAAUGAAGAUUGAUCUGUACUACGGUCUGGGGAUCCCAGUGGAAGCUGGAGUUCUGGAAAUGUACGGUACAUUUCAAAAUUAUAUACUUCUACAGUGAAUCCUAUAUAUUAUACUUCUACAGUAAUCCUACAUUAAAAGUAAGGAAGUGUGUUUGAACUAUGUACAUUAUUUCGUAUAAGUCUCAGAACCAAUAAAGGUGCUCAAAUUA